AGUCGCCUCGCCAGCUGCGCAAGACCAUAGGACAAGUAAGUAGCACACUUCUGAUGGGGCAGUGCUGGACGCCGAACAAUCACCCGAAAAAGGCGUCGCGCGCAACCUCCUCUGUCAGGAAGAUCCUUAAACGCAUAAUAAUGACAGAAGGGUGAUACCUGGUGCGACCGUUGCUAUUGAGCUACAGUCCGAUGGCUAUUUCGCCGAGUCAACACCGUCGGUCAAGGUUCCCUGUCGUUUGACACCUCGUAGAAGAUGGGAAACGCGACCGUCGAGCCCGAGGCGACCGCCACCAGAGGCAAUACUGACAUCCAAAAUCAUCCCUGGCAUGUUGGAUGACGGCAUGCUUGCUGUCGCUGGUCCCAUGGAUGCGGUCAUCGACGUGGUCUCUAGAAUCCUGCCCUGCACCCCGCGGCUAUGAACGGGCCCGGGACCGAGGUAGCGAAGCUGUCGAUACUCGCGGGUCGCGCUGUCUGGGGUGUGUCAACCCGUCCGUUGUACGUUUUGACAGUGACAUGGUCAAUGGGUGGCAGUCCGCAGCUGCAUCCAGGUCAUCACGGACAAUCCGAGGCUUGAAGCUUCAACCGCUGGUGACCUACUAAGCAGGACAUCUGACUUGCCUCCUCAGUCGACAACGGGCGUGACCUCUCUGUCAUCCGUAAUCCCACACGAUCCACUCUGGUCACUGGAUGGCUUCGACUCUUGCUGCGGAAGCCCCUGCAUCUUGGCGUGUACUCGUUAUGGAAGGGCGUCUGGCUUACCAGGAGCAGGUACUUACACGCCAAGGCGGUGGUAGUGGACCGUCCGUGGGAUGCUCGAUCCCUCACUCUUCGUACUUCUGCUUGCCGCCAACUUUCCUCGGGGUUACUUCACUCGGCGAACCACUGCACUGCCCACGAUCACGCCGCUGCCCAUGACGCAACGUGAAGAUCAGCUUUGUAC